AUGGCUCUCAACACGCCGCAAACAAUUCAAGACGCUUUGCACCGAUCGUCAGACUUCGUCGUAAACGAGGAGGAAAUGAAAAACUUGGACGAGCAGUAUGAAGCAACGAAAGCAGCAAUCCGAAGCUCAAUUUUGCCGCGCCCCGCGAAGAAGGGCAACCCAUCCAGCAACACAACAACGCAGAGCUCGGAUGAACCUAAAAGCGGAGGUGCCCAUAACUACCAGGUAGGCACCGGACGCGGAAGAGGAGAGCCGCGCAACAACACUUGGGUGAGAAAGUCCGCCAACUACGACGAGAAAGCUUUCUGCGAGUAUCACCAGACGUACGGGCACUCAACGGCUCAAUGCCAAACCUUAGGAGCAAAGCUCGCAGGAAAGAUGACAGCGGGAGAGCUCCAAAACGCAGUCAGCCUCAAAGACCUCGUCCCUAACGAACAACAAGAGAGAGCCGAGCCGAGCGGCACGACAAAACCUGCGAAUCCUCCCCGACGAGGCGAUAACCCCAAGCGCGACAGGAGAGCCUAUCAGCGCCGAGCCGAAGCAAAGGAGAAUUGGACAGAACCAACUGACAUCCCGAACACAGUGAUCUCCUUCGCCGAGGAGGAAACGGCAGGAAUCGAUCGACCUCAUAACGAUCCGUUGGUGAUCGAGCUAACGAUCAGGGAUCAUGAUGUAGCAAGAGUGCUCAUCGAUACUGGAAGCUCAGUGAACAUCAUCUUCAGGGAAAUAAUCAGAAGAAUGGGAAUCGACCUCUCCGAGGUGGAAGCAAUCCCCAAACCUCUAACUGGAUUUUCAGGGGAAACGAUCAGGCUUCCUGUGGUAGCUGGCGGAGUCACUAAGAUCGUCGAAUUCUGCGUCACUGAUCACCCAGCAAUCUACAAUGUGAUCAUGGGAACUCCGUGGAUCAACGGGAUGAGGGUGGUACCCUCUACCUAUCAUCUCUACCUCAAAUUCCCAACUCCAGCAGGUGUUAAAACGAUCUGGGGGAUUCAGAAGGAGUCACGAAUGUGCUGCCUAGCCGAGCACAAGCUGAGGAACCCCGUCACCCGACGCACGAGCAGACAUCAAUCGCAAAAAGAUGAAGACAAACCGAGAGCCCGCGAACGAGCUCUCGAAACUCUUAUAGCAAUUACAGAUCGUAGAGAGCCGCGAAACACGCGCUGA